AUGUCUGAGGCUGACGCCGAGAUGACUGGUGACCCCCCGCCUCCGGGUGUCCUGCCUGGCCCAGGCACCCAAGCUUCUUUGACUGCUGACCCUGCCAUGAGCACUGGAACCUCGUCUAUGACUGGAACCUCGCCUAUGACCGAGCAGCACAUGAACGCCCCCUCGACCUCCACUGCCCUCUCUCCAACGGAGAGCUCGUCCACGGAGGGGCGUCCUGCCAAGGGCACCCCGAUGAUUGUGGAGAGCAGCACUCCUGUUACUCGGGCCGAGACAGAGGUAGCGGAGUUCUUGGAGUCGAUGGCCGCGGUGCUGAAUCCCGAGCAGGGUGAAGGCUCGAAGAAGUCUCCUGUUCGUCCUCGUGUUCGACUGCCACCAGGUGGUGGCUCGACUGUUGGCUCCUCGUUUGCUUCGUCUGGCUCGUCUUUCGGUGGCUUCGGUGCUCAGGCUGUUUCAUCUCGUGUUUUGGGACCGAAGGCCAGCCCGGCUAAGAUGAGCUCAGCUGAAAGCUCACGUAUUGCAGCUACACUUCCUCGGAGCCUCGAGACUAAACUGGUGCUGCAUGGCGAGCCCUCCAAGUCAGUCUCGUCUCAUCAAGGUAUUGGUCUGGGCGUUUCAGUCCCAACAGUGACGUCGUCCACUGGUUUUGUCUCGUCUGGAACCGUUGGAUCUUCUCCUUUGCGUUGGGUUUCGGGGCCUCCCAUGCAAGGACAAGGACGCGGUCUGCCCGGAAAUGUGUCAUCUGCCCUGCCUCAGAGCAGUCAUUUCAUUGAUGGACCGAUGACGAUAGGCUCGCUCACGUUGGAGGGUCUGUCCCCAUCGGAUGUCCUUUUCUACUUUGGAGUUCUCUGCAUCACGGCUCAUUUGUCGCCCCAAUUCGUUUUCAAAUACGGUGGAAUGAACGGACGACAGAUUGGCGGACGGCUUAUCAUGUAUGGGCACACUGUUUUGGUCGCGGCGACCUCGGACUCGGCUUACAUGGCCCGGGUGGUGGCCUGUAGCCGGGCCUUGUACAAACUGCGCAAAUACCAUCCAGAAUGGCACAUUCCUCCGUUGCCACUUAAUGAUUCCCCUCAGGUGUAUUGGGAUUGGGUCGAUUUGCUUGAAGCGUUCUGUGGCGAGGCCAACUGGCCUAGACCUAUAUACAAUGCAUCGGUCUUGGGGAACCAAUGGCAUUGUGAAGUUGUCGUGGGCGGAGUGUAUUUCCGUAGCUUCAAGGGAUUUGACAGUGCGAGCCUGGCGCAGAUUUCCGUUGCUCACCAUGCCUUGCAUCAGCUGCUCGUGACGGAUCAAAUGGACGUUGGGGAUGUUCUGCCUGCAAGCUCGCCUUUGUUGAUACUACCAAAGGCCAAGAAGAAGCCAGUGACACCCCCAAGCGAAGAGGCCAUCCGUCACAGAACUCGACUACUUCUGAAUGCUGUUGAAUCGCUACGACCCUAUCCCGCGGAACCCAAGAAUGCUACAUCUUUGGAAACCGCUGUUGAUGCCCUCAAGGGCCGAUUGCAGAAGCAGGAAACCCAUCCUGCCGGUAAGGUUUCUGGCCUAUCUGGAGGCAGGGUCGGGAAGCAAGCGGCCAAGCCAGCAAAGGCAGCGAGACCGGCACAGCCUGUAGCUCAGAAGAAGCCGGGCAAAUCCCCGAAGAAGCCUAAGAACCCUCCUCCCCAGCCGCCUUCCCCUCAGCCUUCACAAGGCCGGGCAUCGUGGGGACGAGAGUCAAGGGCUUCUCGUCGGGGCAGCUUCCGCCCUCUUCCGCCUGCGAAAGCCGAGACCAACGGCCAGAACAAAGAGAACGUCGAACCUCAACGCCCCGAGGCUUCACAGCGACCAAAUGCCAAUCUGGAGCCACUGAAAAACUCCCGCUUGGCACCCAUCGAACUGAAGGACGUUCCUAUUUUGGAUCCAUUGGCAAGCCUGAAGGCAAUCCUGGAUGGGUUGGCUGUUCUCAGCCCCCACGCGUCCUUCCUGAGAGUGAUGAAGACGAUGUGCCUUGUCCUCAAAGUCGCGGAACCCGACAUUCGCCAUGACCAGGCCCCCGACGAUGAGUCUGGUCAAAUUCGCUCGCUUCAUGCAUACUUCAAUGACCCAAAUCCCUUCCUGACCCGGGCGAGUCCAGUGUUCUUGGGCAACGUGCGCUGGAUUGACGAGGAUGAUGCGCUCGGCUUAGCCGUGAAGAGGGUCAUCCUCUUCCUGCUUAAAAUGUGCAAGGAUGAGGUGGAGGUAGAUAUCCUCGAAGCCGCGUGGAAGAAAGAACUAGCCUGGCUGCAAGAUCUGGAGCGGGAGGUGGAGCACCGGCUCCGUGAAGCCGAGAACUUGCUGUAG